UCGCGAGCGACCCGGGUUUGAUUCCCGGACGAUUCAUUAACUCCUUUACGUAAUUUUACGUAACUUUUUAUUGCCUUUAAUCACAAAUUGAAAUAAUAAAAAAGCAAUUUCAAAUCAUGAUAUUUCUAAUUGGCAAUCAAAAGCAUUUACUACCGAAUUACAGAAUCAGUUCAGUCAUAAGUGUACUACGUUAGUUUCAGCAUGACUUUUUGGUGGUGUCUCCAUUAUUAUUUCGUUAUUUCAUUAACAUUUAAGAUAGUAUGGACUGUUCCUCCAGACUACUGCUUUGCUUCCUUUAACGCCAGCGACUGCCACUUACCCCCGAAACCAGUAUUCUACUACUACAAACCAGGUUCUCGAUGCGCAAUCCAAAUGUGGCGAGGAUGUCCAAACCUCAAUAUGUUCGAAAGCGAAUACCUUUGCAGCCUAAGCUGCAUAUUUAGAAUGAAUACUGUCACUCCGGAGCCUACCGAAGAAAAUGUUACAGAAACAACAAAAUCAUUUAAAACAAAAUUAGAAGAAAUGGAUGAUCGACAACUUCAGGAAAUCAGUUCUAUGCUGAAUCAAAUAAUCAAGAAUAUAAACCCUGUAACAACUACUACUACCACAGAAAUAACUGCCUCAACUACUACUACCACAGAAAUAACUGCCUCAGCUACCACUGAACAAUCUACUGACACUACGGAAAUAAUUACUACGACCGAUGAGGAUUAUGGCGAGAAAGUUCCAAAGACUAUAACUGCUGGCUAAAAUUGCAGGUAAUUAUGAUUGAUUCUUAAAAGAAACACUUGAUCGCGCGGUUGGCAUACGCCUGCGCACGCUCCCGCGCCACUUGUGUGCUCUUUCCUGUUCUAUGGAUUACCAUCAAUAUGUUUGUUAUAAUAUGUAUGUUAAUAAUAACUUUUUUUUUUCGAAAAAUUAAAUAAGACAGCUAUAUACGUUAUUGUUUUUUUUUUAAGAUGUUACUGUAAAUCAAUGCUAUAAUGUUAACCUAUUAAUAGAACUACACACCUUUUCAAUCUAUAUGUUAUGGACCAUGUGAUUAAUGCAUUGUAAAUAAUGCCCGAGCAUUAUGAAUAAUGUCUAGCUUUAUCGGGCCAAGUGAUUAAUAACUAUCUUAACUUCAUUAUUUAUCACAUUGCACGGGCAUUAUUAUAUUGCUACAUGACAGAUGGGCAAUUUGAUAAUAAAGCUAUAUUUUACGCGGUGAUAUUUUCAUUAGACUUUUAUUAAGAGAAGAUGUUAAUUAUGCUAAAUAAUGAGUCUAAUUGCUUAAACUUUAGUUUAUUUUGUUUUAUUAUAAUAAGUAAUUUCUAUAAAACAAAGAUAUGUUGGAAAUUUUUUGUUUUAAAUGUAAAUAAAAAAUAAAUAAUGUCGGGACACCUUAUCACACACGGU